AUGGCUACUAUCUCAACUUACUCCUCUACUCCCUGGCCAAAUACGAACCCUAACUCGGACCUUCUCUCAACUCAAGAUGAACUCGAUUCGCAAACCCAGUCCCCGUCUGAGUCUCAAUCCUACGAUUCGCUCUCUUCUAUUAUACCUCCGAACCCUGACCCUUCUCCUAUUUCCAAUUACAAAACAUCUAUACCUUCCCCACCUCAAUCAACCUCGACGCUGCCUCCGAUUUCUCUCCUCCACCUCUCCUUCAACCAGGAUUUUGGGUGUUUCGCCGCUGGAACCGACCACGGGUUUCGGAUCUACAACUGCGACCCCUUCCGCGAGAUCUUCCGUCGCGACUUCGAUGGCUGUGGAAAUAGCGGCGGCGGCGGGAUUGGAGUGGUUGAGAUGCUUUUUAGAUGCAAUAUUUUGGCUCUUGUUGGUGGUGGACCUGACCCCCAGUACCCUCCGAACAAAGUCAUGAUCUGGGAUGACCAUCAGAGUCGAUGCAUUGGCGAACUAUCGUUUCGGUCCGAGGUACGGUCCGUGAAGCUAAGACGAGACCGGAUUAUUGUUGUUUUGGAGCAGAAGAUAUUUGUUUAUAACUUUGCGGAUUUGAAGCUUUUGCAUCAGAUUGAAACGAUUGCCAACCCGAAAGGGCUUUGUGCGAUUUCACAUGGGGCAGGAUCGUUAGUGUUGGUUUGUCCAGGAUUGCAGAAAGGUCAGGUUAGAGUCGAGCAUUACGCGUCGAAACGAACUAAGUUCAUUAUGGCGCAUGAUUCCAGGAUUGCGUGUUUUGCUCUCACGCAGGAUGGGCAGUUGCUGGCCACUGCUAGCACUAAAGGGACUCUCGUUCGGGUUUUCAAUACAGCUGAUGGUACUUCGCUUCAAGAGGUUAGGAGGGGUGCAGAUAGAGCAGAAAUUUAUAGUUUGGCGUUUUCUUCAACUGCCCAAUGGCUAGCUGUCUCAAGUGAUAAGGGCACUGUCCAUGUCUUCAGCCUUAAGAUUAAUUCAGGAUCUCCAGGGAUUGACCGGUCACAGAGCACAAAUGAGCCUAAUCUUUCUGUUAAUUCGCCUGCCUCAUCUUUAUCUUUCUUCAAAGGAGUUUUACCAAAGUAUUUUAGCUCAGAGUGGUCAGUAGCUCAGUUUCGCUUGCUUGAGGGUUCUCAGUACGUUGUUGCUUUUGGUCACCAAAAGAAUACAGUAGUUAUUCUUGGUUUGGAUGGAAGUUUCUAUAGAUGUCAGUUUGACCCUGUGAAUGGUGGAGAGAUGGUUCAGCUGGAGUAUCACAACUUCUUGAAGCCGGAAGCAACCUUUUAA